UUUCUUUCAUACUAGAACUUUGUCUUCAGGAACCUUCCUGUUUGUUUCUGCUCUCUGAUGUUUAGAGAAAAUGUUCACUUCUUAUUUCAGCUCAAAGUUUGAUCUCUGCUGUUUGAAGACUAAUCUACAGGAUUAUUAGAUCAUUGAUGAACUGGAAUCAAACAACAUGAUGAACAGCUGAUGGUUCUUUGUUUUCUUCACUGAACAAACUGCUUCAUGGUUUUAUUUCCUGGAUUCAAACUCUGGUUAACAGCUUCCUGCUGCUUCCUGUCAGUCCUUUCAAAAUAAAACGACAUUAAUGUUAAAAUGUGUUUGAUUCACUCAGAUUAUUUAAUGUUUCAGCUUUGAUGGAGCAGAUAAUCCACUUGUAGAGUUUGAUGAUUGUGAAAUAAAAUAGUUCCUGAUGUUCAGUCAGAGUGAAUGAAAUGUUGCUCCAUGACUCCAUCUAGUGGACUGAUAGUAGAAGUACAGCAGCUGCCUCACACUGCUGUCUGACUGCAUUCAACUGACACUGAUAUGAAGCAGAGAAGAAGAGCCAAUCAGAGGAGGAGCAGCUGAUCUUUUUCCAGCACAGAUGAUGUAAAGGAUGAUCAGAGUUGAUGUUCAGAUGAAUGAUUUGUGUUUCCUCUGCAGGUGAAGUUAGAAAGUGUGUGUGAGCUGAUGUGGAUGUGAAUUCAGCAGCAUGGAUCAGUGUGAGGACAGAGAGGAGGGAGUCCCUCCCUCUAAAACCACUCUGUGUGGGAAACAUGAGAGCCAGAGCAAAGGUCAGAGGUUUCAACAUAAAGCUAAGCCACAACCAGAAGCCAGCUGUGUGUCCUUCAAGAGUAACAUGUCAAGAGAUCCUCCUAUUCACUUUAGAUCUUCUGGAUCUGCAUCAGCAGAGAGAGUAGAUCAGCAGAACUCAGAGGUUUCCAGUGGUCCUUCUGCCCAGCAGCAUCAAACCCAGCUGGACUCCAUAUUCAUGCUGCUGGAGGACAACAUGGUCACUUUUGUGAAGAACGAGCUGAAGAAGAUCCAAAAGGUUCUGAGCCCAGAUGACCCAGAAUGCUCAGAGAGUCAGAGACAUGAUGAGGAGGAGUUGGGAGGUGAGGAUGAAGAGCAGAGGAGCAGCAGAGAGGCGAUGAUGAAGAUCACUGUGAUCUUCCUGAGGAGGAUGAAGCAGGAGGAGCUGGCUGACCGUCUGCAGAGCAAAUUCUUCUGUUAUCAUGAACAUAAAUCUGGUCUGAAGAAGAGGUUCCAGUGUGUGUUUGAGGGGAUUGCUAAAGCAGGAAGUCCAACCCCUUUGAACCAGAUCUACACAGAGCUCUACAUCACAGAGGGAGGGACUGGAGAGGUCAAUGAUGAACAUGAGGUCAGACAGAUUGAAACAGCAUCCAGGAAACCACACAGACCAGAAACAACCAUCAGACAAGAAGACAUCUUUAAAGUCCCACAUGAAAGAGAUCAACCAAUCAGAACAGUGAUGACAAAGGGAGUGGCUGGCAUUGGGAAAACAGUCUUAACCCAGAAGUUCAUUUUGGACUGGGCUGAAGACAAAGCCCACCAGAACAUCCAGUUCAUAUUUCCAUUCACCUUCAGAGAGCUGAAUGUGCUGAAAGAGAAAAAGUUCAGCUUGGUGGACCUUGUUCAUCACUUCUUUAAAGAAACCAAAGAAAUCUGCAGCUUUGAACACUUCCAGGUUCUGUUCAUCUUUGAUGGUCUGGAUGAGAGUCGACUUCCUCUGGACUUCCACAACAAGGAGAUCCUGACUGAUGUUAAGAAGUCCACUUCAGUGGAUGUUCUGCUGACCAACCUCAUCAGGGGGAACCUGCUUCCCUCUGCUCUCCUCUGGAUAACCACACGACCUGCAGCAGCCAAUCAGAUCCCUCCUGAGUGUGUUGGCAUGGUGACAGAGGUCAGAGGGUUCACUGACCCACAGAAGGAGCAGUACUUCAGGAAGAGACUCAGAAAUAAGAAACUGACCAGGCGGAUCAUCUCCCACAUGAAGGCAUCAAGAAGCCUCCACAUCAUGUGCCACAUCCCAGUCUUCUGCUGGAUCACUGCUACGGUUCUGGAGGAUGUGUUGGAGACCAGAGAGGGAGGAGAGCUGCCCAACACCCUGACUGAGAUGUUCAUCCACUUCCUGGUGGUUCAGACCAAAGUCAAGAAGGUCAAGUAUGAUGGAAGAUCUGAAACAGAUCCACACUGGAGUCCAGAGAGCAGGAAGAUGAUUGAGUCUCUGGGAAAACUUGCUUUUGAUGAGCUGCAGAAAGGAAACCUGAUCUUCUAUGAAUCAGACCUGACAGAGUGUGGCAUCGAUAUCAGAGCAGCCUCAGUUUACUCAGGAGUGUUCACACAGAUCUUCAGAGAAGAGAGAGGGCUGUACCAGGACAAGGUGUUCUGCUUCGUCCAUCUGAGUGUUCAGGAGUUUCUGGCAGCUCUUCAUGUUCAUCUGACCUACAUCAACUCUGGUGUCAUCUUGAUGGAAGAACCACAAAUAACCUCUCAGAAGCUUGAGUCAAAGUGUCUUUAUCAGAAAGCUGUUUAUAAGACCUUAGAGAGUCCAAAUGGACACCUGGACUUGUUUCUCCGCUUCCUCCUGGGACUUUCAUUGCAGACCAAUCAGAGACUCCUACAAGGUCUGCUGACACAGACAGGAAGUAGCUCACAGACCAAUCAGGAAACAGUUCAGUACAUAAAGGAGAAGAUCAGUGAGAAUGUGUCUGCUGAGAAAAGCAUCAAUCUGUUCCACUGUUUGAAUGAACUGAAGGAUCGUUCUCUAGUGGAGGAGAUCCAAAAGUCUCUGAGUUCAGGAAGUAUCUCCACCAAAAAGCUGUCUCCUCCUCAGUGGUCAGCUGUGAUCUUCAUCUUAUUGUCAUCAGGAGAAGAUCUGGAUGUGUUUGACCUGAAGAAAUACUCUGCUUCAGAGGAGGUUCUUCUGAGGCUGCUGCCAGUGGUUAAAGCCUCCAACAGAGCUCUACUGAGUGGCUGUAACCUCUCAGAGAGAAGCUGUGGAGCUCUGUCCUCAGUUCUCAGCUCCCAGUCCUCCAGUCUCAGAGAACUGGACCUGAGUAACAACAACCUGCAGGAUUCAGGAGUGAAGCUUCUAUCUGCUGGACUGGAGAGUCCAAACUGCAAACUAGAAACUCUCAGCUUGUCAGGCUGUCUGAUCUCAGAGGAAGGCUGUGCUUCUCUGGCCUCAGCUCUGAGCUCCAACCCGUCCCAUCUGAAAGAGUUGGACCUGAGCUACAAUCAUCCAGGAGACUCAGGAGUGAAGCUGCUGUCGGCUGGACUGAAGGAUCAACACUGGAGACUGGAAGCUCUCAGGGUGGAGCCUGCUGGAGUCCGAUGGUUGACACCAGAUCUGAGGAAGUAUUCCUGUCAGCUCACAAUCGACACAAACACAGUGAGCAGAAAACUCCAACUGUCUGAAGACAACAGGAAGGUGACACACGUGGAGGAACUUCAGUCAUAUCCUGAUGAUCCAGACAGAUUUGAUGUUCCUCAGCUGCUGUGUGGAACUGGUCUGACUGGUCGCUGUUACUGGGAGGUCGAGUGGGAAAGGACAGUUUAUGUAUCAGUGAGUUACAGAAGAAUCAAGAGGAGAGGAGACAAUGAAGACUGUUGGUUUGGAUGGAAUGAUCAGUCCUGGAGGCUGAGCUGCUCUGAUCUUGGUUACUAUAUCUGGCACAAUAACAAACCAAUAUUCAUCUCCUCCUCCUCUUCCUCCUCUUUCUUCUCCUCCUCCUCUUCCUCCUCCUCCUCCAUCUCUAACAGAGUAGCAGUGUAUGUGGACUGUCCUGCUGGCAUCCUGUCCUUCUACAGAGUCUCCUCUGACUCACUGAUCCACCUCCACACCUUCAACACCACAUUCACUGAACCUCUGUAUCCUGGAUUUGGGUUCUGGUGGUCCAAUCCAGGUUCCUCAGUGUUUUUGUGCUGAGUUGGGUCUAGAGAGUCUCCUCCUGUCAGAGAAACACUCUCACUGUUGAACAGAAAGUUCAGUCUCUACAUGUUUGUCUCUUUCACUCAGAAACACGUUUUCAGAUUCAUGGAUUCAAUCAGUUUCUUUGUGAAACUCUUCUAAAUGAUUCCUUGGAAACUUCUUCCUCUUCCAGUCCUUUUAAUUUUUACAGCUAUAUGUUCUUUCUCUUUGUUGGAUUUAUUGUCUUUCUAAAAUGUGCUCACUUGUUUCAUCCUCAUCAUCCUGAUAGAUGGUUGCAGAUAUUUUAUCAAGAAUUUCUUCUCACAUUUGUCCAUUCAUCUUUUCGUCAACUAUAUAAAGUUUUUAUGUGCUGUGUGCUAAAAACCGACGUUCCCACCACUAACUUAAAUAUUGUAGUUGUUGGGGUGCCCUUUGACCUCCAAACAUGGUUCUGUAUUGAGACAUUCAAAGAGAUAAUCUUUGGUCUCAUCUGACCAGAUUAUCUUCUGUAAAAAUCUCACAAACUUUUCCAAAUGUUCAGUACACUUUCAACAUGUUACAUAUUUGCGAAUGUGGACAGGAUGGAUUGUUACUUACAUCUGCGGAGAAAUUCAUGUAUGCUGCAACUUUUAAAAAUAUAUUUAUUGAAAAUAAAUAUUUAAAAAAUCAAUGGCAAUAA